AUGAGUUACCCUUCUCCACGAACUCCUGGAUCGACGCCGAUCCACGACUACGACAGCGUCUACUCGAGGAUGUCGUCCGCAACCCCCACCCCUUCGCCGAGGCCGACCUGGACCGCCGAGCAGACGCCACGGCGACCAGCGACUCGAGCGGCCCAUGGACGCUUCAACAGCUACUCCCAGCAGGGUGAUUUCAGUCCGCGUCCCCCCAAGGACUCCCCUCGCUACAACAGCAUCGGGCAAUAUAGCACGGCAGAUGUGAGUCCCAAAACUACUUCUUCGUCGCGCAGGCCUUCCGGGUCAUCUCCGCGCUCCAAGCGCGACCGCCGAUUCUCGUUUACCUAUGUCCGGGCUUCCACCCCAUAUGGAGAAUCCGACGAGGACGAGAUCAUCGAGGCUCUGGGACACACCUAUGUGCUUCCUGCACAGUCCCGUUCCAAGAACCAUCAUCACCGCAGAUCCGCCUUCUACACACGAGAACUUGUUGAUGAUGAUCGGGGAUGGUACACUAAUUACGACGACUACCUGCAGGGUGCCGCCUCCGCCGCCAUCUACGACGAGCCUUACAACUCUCGUGAGCAGAUGCCUCCCAUGUACCAGCAGUCGCCCCAACCUCGACCUCCUACCAGCUUCGGCCACAGCCGUCGCUCCUCCACCGCUGUCCCUCCACCGCGUCCCCAGACCGUGCGCCCAGCCAGCUCCCACCGCGCCAAGCCUGCUGCCCCGGCCACCCCCAAGGCCACCGAUGCCGAUGCCCGGAAGCACCGCAUCCCGGCUGGAUACUCACUCAAGAACUGGGACCCCAGCGAGGAGCCCAUUCUGCUGCUAGGCAGUGUCUUUGACGCCAACAGCCUUGGAAAGUGGAUCUACGACUGGACUGUCUACCACCAGGGCCCUGCCACCCCCAUCUCUGACAUGGCCGGCGAGCUGUGGCUUCUUCUUAUCCAGCUUGCCGGCAAGGUCAAGCGAGCUGAGGAGACUGUCGGUCGAGUUCGCAGCGCCGAGAACCGGGACCUCGUUGACGAGUUCAUUGAGUCCGGAGAGCGCCUCACCGAGAAGCUCCGUGCCCUCCUCAAGGCCUGUGAGGCCCCCAUGCUCAAGGCCGCCAAGAGGAAGCAGGCUGGCCUUGGCAAGAACGCCGGUGUCGAAUUUGUCGAGACCCUCUUUGGCCGUGACCGUGAGCUUGACAAGACUGAGAAGUUCAUGCAGAGCGUGAGACUCUUCAACCUCCGGUUCGACGCCAACUGCGAGGAGAUUCUCCGGAACCCUACCAAAUAA